AUGUCAGGCUGUGACAACUUAAACACGGAUUUCUACCAGACAAGUUACAGCAUCGAUGACCAAUCACAGCAGUCCUAUGAUUACGGAGGAAGUGGAGGACCUUACAGCAACUAUGCUGGCUAUGACUACUCGUACCAAGGCCGGUUUGUCCCUCCAGACAUGAUGCAGCCACAACAGCCGUACACCGGGCAGAUUUUCCAGCCAGCUCAGGCAUAUACUCCAACUACGCCUCAGCCAUUCUAUGGAAACAACUUUGAGGAUGAGCCACCUUUAUUCGAAGAACUAGGUAUCAAUUUUGAUCACAUCUGGCAAAAAACACUCACAGUGUUACACCCAUUAAAAGUAGCAGAUGGCAGCAUCAUGAAUGAGACUGAUUUGGCAGGACCAAUGGUUUUUUGCCUUGCUUUUGGAGCCACAUUGUUACUGGCUGGCAAAAUCCAGUUUGGUUAUGUAUAUGGGAUCAGUGCAAUCGGAUGCCUAGGAAUGUUUUGUUUAUUAAACUUAAUGAGUAUGACUGGUGUUUCCUUCGGCUGUGUGGCAAGUGUCCUUGGAUAGUGUCUUCUUCCUAUGAUCCUGCUUUCCAGCUUUGCAGUGAUAUUUUCUUUGCAAGGAAUGGUAGGAAUCAUUCUCACUGCUGGAAUUAUUGGAUGGUGUAGUUUUACUGCUUCCAAAAUUUUUAUUUCUGCAUUAGCCAUGGAAGGACAGCAACUUCUAGUAGCAUAUCCUUGUGCUUUGCUAUACGGAGUCUUUGCCCUAAUUUCUGUUUUUUGAACUGAAUUUAUCUGGGAU